AAGGACGUAAUUAACAUUGUCGCUGAAAUGCAAAAAAAGCUACAACUAACGAAAAUUUUUAAUUGCAUAAAAAGAUGAGGGGAAUUAUUAUUCGAUCAAAUGCAUUGUAAUCAAUCAAAAAGUGAAUUUUAUUUUUAGUUAGUUAAUUAACUUACCCUAACAUUAUAAGUGUUAGCACUAUUUUAAAUUAUAAGUCAUCUACACCACCCGUUGUAUAAGCAGGUUUUAGAUAUUGAGAUAAAUGAACUACCCUGUUACAUCUGUCAAGUCGACCAUGACUUUUUCUCUUUUCCGGUGUACCAGCAACAGCGCAAGGAAGUGAAAUAAGAAAAAUAAAAAAUCUGAUUUUAUAAAAGACAUCAUUUUUCUGUAAUUUUUGCGAUUACGACCUUAAGGUGUGCGGUGUAAAUCCCAAUACCCAUCUAAGCAAAAUAUUUUCUAAAAAUGCCGUCAACAAGGAAUAAUCCUGGAAAAGUGAACACCGCUGUCGCUACCACCACCGCUGAAAAGAUGACUGCCGCUCACACUGCUGUUUCCAUCGCUGAAAAUUUGGGCGAUGGAUCGCUUACGACCGCUGCACCCUACGCCAAAGCCACCAUAUGAAGCCAACCCCUAACUACGACGACCACUGUGAACGUGGCUUCUGUUUCAGCCACACUAGAAACUGCAACCACAAUGUGGUUGGUUUUGCUGGGGCAUCAAUUGGAAGUGCCAGUCCAUCGAACCAAUCCGAAGAAUCUGGUCGAAUAGAGGAAUAACUCAGAAUCUUGAGGCUACGCCGGGAAAUAGCUGAGCUGGAGAGUCAGUGCAAUUAUAUUACGCCCAGAAAUCAUAUAAAUUUCGAGGAGUUGGAAGCUGCCGUGCCCAAGUUCAGUGGCGAUUACCAUCGCGAUAUCAAUAAGUGGUUCAUACAAUUUGAAGACUAUGCAGAAGCAAACAAUCUCAGCGAGAGAUAUAAGUGCCUGGCCCUACGCCGUUGUAAGACGGGAAGAGCCAAGGAGUGCGUUCUUAACCACGGUCUUACUGAUUAUGACAGUUUCAGGACACUACUGCAAACAAUGUUCCAUCGCCGGGCUACUAGGCAAGAAAUUUACCGUCAGCUGCGAGCACUCAAAUUGAAGUCCUACGAGUCUUGUAUUGCUUACGCGGUGGCUAUGCAAUCUAUUGCGUCGAAGAUGGACCUGGAAGAAGAACUUGUUGACAAAAUAAUCGAUGGCAUACCAGACAGCAGCAAUAAAAUUUCCAUUUUGUACGGUGCCCACUCGGCUAAGGAGCUUAAUCGGCGUAUGGAUCGUUACGAACAACGGCGUUCGACGUUCUCUGCGUCCAGGUCCUCAGCUAAAGUCGUCGCACGCAAAACUACACCCAAGUCUACUACUGCGGUCGCCGGGGAUCUAACCUCAAUACGCUGCUACAACUGCUCGCAAUUUGGACAUUACCAGAGCAGCUGCCCAAAGCCGACCAGACCUGCAGGAUCUCGCUUCACCUGUCACCAAAUGGGGCACCAGCACAAUAAUUGCCCUAAGAAGAGGAGCCGACCCACUCAAGUAGCUGCGGUGUCCGAAGAAAUUUCCAACGAUGAUGAUUACCUAGAUGUUAAGCAAUGGUCCGAUUAGUUUGAUGCAAAGAUCAAGCACCCCAAAAUGCACUAAAUUAUCAUUUUACAAAUUUCCAACAAAAUUUAUCGGCAUCGGCAAACGCAGAAUAUACUUAUUUGGCACAGUAUUGUGCGCGGUAAGACUUCGUGAUAAAACUCGAUGCAUUCAAAUGAUGAUAGUUCCGGAUAACACAAUAACUACCCCUCUGAUACUCGGUCGCGACUUCAUGAAAAUAUUUAAUAUAUAUUUAAAACAAGUGAAUAAGAAUAAUAAACAUGAAUUCCAGUUUUUGUUGUAUAUCUAAAUUAAAUAAAGUUGAUAUUAGUUAUAAUGUAAAA